CCUGAUUGUUUUAAUGUGAAGGAAAGGAGACUGACCCAGCAUGAACUUCACUGUGAGGUAAGAGGAGCUCUGUGAAAUUUGAAAAACCUAUUUCAGGUUCUGCAAACAUUUUUAUUUUAAUGUUCUUUUCUGGAGUUUCUUACCCAACUGUGCAUUGCUAUAUGCAAAAUAUCUCACAGUUUUUUUUUCUUUUUUUGCACAAAGAAAGGCUGAACAGAGCUGACCUGCAUUUGUUCUUUAUUCUCUCUUUUUUUGUGUUUCUUUUGACCUUUUUCAUUUGCAUCCUUACCCCCUUUGACUUUUCAAAGCUAUUUUCUGUUUGGCCUGACUGUUAAAACUAUUAACUAUAAAAUGAAACUAUGUGCCUUUGGCAUUUUUGUCACGCUGCAUUUGAAGAACAUGCAUUGUGAAGUACAUCAACUUCUUCUGUGAAAUUGAGCUGUGGUAGAAAUGACCAUCACAUUUCACUCCACAUGCAACAAAAACUUGGAAGCAGAAAUGUGCAGGUUAUCGUGGGUCAGUUUUUUUUGAAGAGAUGUGAAUUUAGCAAAGUAAAGGUGUAUCCACUCGGUCUCAUCAUCAAGGGAACAUGUGUUACAUCUUUACAGCUCCUCUGACUCAGCGCGCUCGCCUGAGGAAAGAUGAGAAGUUAUUCAUCAGAGGAUUAAAGAGCUCAAAGAGGCUUUAUCUCAUAAAAACACUUUCGACAAAAGAAAAUACUGGAAGAGCAAACAGAUAUCAGCACUUCCCAUCAGGCGUCUUCAUGGGUGGGAAAAGCUCUUUUGAUGGUUUCUUUUUCUACCCACCAGAUUGGCUAUUUUUCACCUUAUCUGACAUGAAAUCACAGGACCUAAAAACACCUCUGAGCUGUUUAGUUUGAGUAUUUUUCUUUCACCUGUCUGUCUGCAGUCUGCUGAGGGCUGGGAUUAAAACACGACUCACACAGAUGCUUUUCAGCAUUUUUCUUGGUUUAAAAGCUGCAGAUUUCUGGCACAGGUGCCUAAUCUGCCUGUUUUUAGCUCCAUUCUCCCUGUGACAAGACUGGGCCCAUCUGUCAGUUUGGACACAAAACUUUCUUCAGUCUUAGAGACAGUGGACUGACAGAAAAGCUGACAGAUACUUGAGUAAACUGUGAAAAAGCAAAAUAUACAGCUCAUUGAUGAAGAUAAUGACACUGAAAGACGUGAUUUGGGUCAGUAUUUGGAGCUUAUUUUUCAUGUUCACGCACUGUUUCUCUCUCUGCUGUGUUAACCUCCAGAGCCCCACCUGAGCUCUGCACGUGCUCAGUAGCAGCUUUCUCCCUAUUCAUCGCCUGGCUCUUGUUACAUGUAAGCUGACAGUGAGCAGGUCACUGUGUCCUGCUGUGAAGAGAGCAGAGAGGACCUGUCACAGUCAGGUCUGAGCUGACAUACUUAGAGACUGAAUAAAAUUGGAGCCACAUUUAUACUUUGACCCUUUUUGUUGCACCUACACACCAACAAUCACACUCAGUACCUGACACAUUAUUACACAGUAAAACUGCUGUGUGCAUGAGAGAGAAUCUAAAAUACUCGUGUUAAAAAUUUGCAGUAUAGGAAAAUCACGUUUUCGAAUGGUGCUCAAUUUGUGAUGAUUCAAAACACGGUUCAUUCAGUAUGAGUGAUUAUAGGAGUGUUGAAGGUAAAUACACCAAACUACAGUCUAUAAAACAGGGUCCAAUAGUGUUCUUUGUAUGAGCCUGUAAACAUCUAAUAUACCAUUGUAAAAGAACACAUUUUUAUUUGAGUGCUAAUGGGUCUUUGGUUUUUCCAGCCUACCUCUAGUGGACACUCCUGGUGUGUCUGAAGUUUUUUGCUCUCCCUCACAAGCGUCGUUGAUUCUAUUUGGUCAAGAUGACAAAAAGACAUACACAAGUGUGUUUGUUAAACAUUUCUGGGGGUGUUUAUCAUUGGAUAAGCUUAUUUUUCACUCACUCUGUGAGCUCUGACCGGGAUCAGGGUUAGUGUUACAAAUUUGGUCAAUGCAAACAAAUAAUGCAAACUGACUCAAUGUUCACUGUGAUAUACUUGAACUUUUUCCUACUAGACCUUGUUGAGGAACUUAGAAGGAAAUUUACCCCACAAGAGUGAACAGGAGUCAUAACCAUCCAUCCAUCCAUUUUCUAUCACGGGGGGUCUGGAGCCUAUCCCAGCUUCUUGGGGGCGAAGGCAGGGGACACCCUGGACAAGUCAUCAGUUCAUUGCAGGGCUGACAUAUAGAGACAAACGACCUUUACACCUUUGGGCAAUUUGAAAGUGACCAAUUUAUCUAACCCCACUUCUUCAUGUUUUUGGGAGGAAACCGGAGUACCCGGAGUAAACCCACGCAGACACAGGGAGAACAUGUAAACUCCACAUAGAAAUGCCCUGACCCGGAUUCAAACCCAGGACCUUCUUGCUGUAAGGCAACACUACACAACUGCACCACUGUGCUACCCAGGAGUCAUAACAUUUGUAAAAAAAAAAUAAUAAUAAAAAAAAAAAAUAAUUAAAAACAUCCAAUGAUGAUGGAGAAUAGUUUCUAAAAUAACACUGAAGAUGUCUGCAUGUGCGAGUACUUACGCUCAGCCUUUAUGUAGUAGAUGCAAAAAUGUCAUUAUAGAGUGGGUCCCUGCUGUUUUAAGUACUCUUGCCUCACAGGGAGCACUUCCCUCUGUGAGGGACAUGUCUAAACAAGACACCUUUCAACCCUCAUCAACAGAACUCCUAAAAAAAUUCAUUAAAAUUUCAGAAGAACACUUGUGAAAGAGGCUUGCUCUUCCAGAUAUUCAUUCUCAUACCAUUUAUGUCAUUUCCAGUCCACUGAGUAGGUUUGUCAGAGGCUUCAUUUUCACUGCUGAGUCACAUCCACAGAUCAGUUCUCCUGAAUCAGCCCUGGAGGAUUGCAAAUAUCUGUAUGAAACCACCCAAGCCUCUGCUUACAGCCUGCAGGUCCAGUUCUGCUCAGUAACCCAGUCUAGACAGGCAGAUUGUUCCCAGAGGGGGAGGUCGGAUUCAAGGCCAGAAAUCAUAAAUCUUCCAGUAAGCCCAGAGACCCAAACUGAUCAGGACAGGCUGAGAGUCCUUCUCUGUCUCUGUCAUUCUCAGGAUGACUAAGUCCAAACAACAAACACAUCCACAAAGGCUAUUUCAAAGAAAUAUGUGGUGGUUUGUUGCCAUGGAUACCUUAACAAUAAUGAUUCAUGAAAAAUGAGGCGGAAGAUUUCAACCUUAAAAAAACAUCCGUCUGUUCAUUUCUUCUUUAACUUGUUGUUUCAGUUUUCCAGCUCUGACAUUAAGGAUCUUCUGUCAACAGCAGUAAAGAGUUAGAUGCUUUAUAGAUCAGGUUCAGUGGCAUCAAACUGAAGAUAAUUCAAUGAAAAUCAUCUUGAAAACAGUUGCAUUGGCAGUGACACGUGCACAGUAAUGAUAAGAGGUAUUUCUUAGUAUUCAAUAUUGUUUUGAAAAACCAGACAUUUCACGAAAGUUGAUGACGCUCUGAAAAAACAUGACAUGAAAAUAAGUUUCCUCUCAAACAGCUGCUACAAAAACACUAUUUUUAGAACUCAAGGACGCUUCAGGAAGCACAGCUGCACUCCACAAAAGACGAUGACUUCUCAGAAAACAAAAGAUUACCAGAAACAUUUCUCAUGAAAAACUUUUUGUGUUACAUUAAAUUCAACAACUUCUCACCAAACAGCAACACUCCCAUGGAAACUGGAAGUAAACAUAGUGGAGCUCUAUUGAAAAAAAGAAAAAACUUUGAGACUUUUCUCCUAAGAACAGCCAGCAAACUAUUGCGUUUUUGGCCAUUCAUUAUCAUAUAAACACUCAGUCGGAACCACUUUCUUCAAAGGAAUCUAUAACUUUUAUGCAUUAGUUCUAUUUGGUGGUAUGGCUCUGGUCUGACAGCCCCCUGCCCUUCCAUAUGUUGAUGUGGAGUGUCAAACUUGCAGCAGGGAGAGCACACCUCCCUUUUGUUUCAUGUGCUCUGUGAUGCCAUAUUUCAGUUCAUUGACAGUUGUUAAAUGUCACAGCUACAUUGGUUAUUAUUGUCUUAAAAUCCUGACCGAGUUGUUGCAUAACUUUAUCUACCUUUGAGUCACUUUGUUCUGGACGAUCACUGUGUCUCUCCAUCUUUUAUCCCCCUGUUGCUGCAGUUGUGAGUGACAGCAGCCCCCAGCAACCUAACUGGUGAGUGGCACAGUCCAGUGCUGGAAGGCUGAUCAACUGGACCAAACGACAAAAUGAACAGUUUUUCUUCAGGUUACGGCCUGUUUUUUGGGAAUGUAAUUUCCUUCAUGCACAACAAGACUUUUAGUUUUAUAUUACACACUCAUUAAAAAAGAUUCCCAGGGACAAUUGACAAGCUUCUCCACUUAAGCGUCGUACUGAGUUCCUUCGCCUGUUUUGUUUUGCUGUGUUAAGGGUGUACCACAGGGAUCUGUGUUGGGUUUAUUGCUGUCUUGCCUCCGUAUGUGUGCUGGCACUGUGCUUAUUUACUGAAUACACAUGGAAAAGUUGAAAAACAGGUUGCUGCAAAAUUAAAAGCUGUUAUGUAGAAGGCAGCUGUCUGUGUUAAUCACCACAGCUUCGACCGAACCAGCUGUCAUGUUUAUUUUUCAUCAGGGUGAAAAUGAUAAACACAAUGAUUGAGCCAUUAUUUUUGUGGAAAAUGCAUGCCUCAAAGUGCUGUGGAAAAAAAUAGAAAAUAGAACAAACAAGUUAUGUAACUGUCCUCAUUCAAAAGGAAAAUACCAAUAGAAUUUUGGCAAAAAAAAAAAAAAUAGGGAAUAGCAACAUUUUUAGAGAUUUAACUCACUUAUUAAAUGAUUUAUUUGUUUGAACACAGUGAUGAAACAAAAGUAAAUAAAUAAGUGCAAAAGAAAAUUAACAGGAACAGCAAAUUACUGCCUUUCUUAGUCUAUUUUGCCAGUUCACGUCAAAUAUUCUGCACAAAAAACAUCAAUAUUGCUGUUAUUGAAGCUAUAUCUUUAAAUAUUAUCUGUUUUGCAAAACACAAUUAAUAUUUCAGAUUAUCUUCCGCCGCACAAACAUUUCCCCCCUCUUUCUCAUAAUCUCCUGCUUCCAAACAAAACAAAUCUGCAGCAUUUAAGAGCAGUUUUCUACUCACAGGUUUUACACGUGAGAAGGAAACAACUAACUUGUGAAUGAGUGAAAACAGGAUAAUCUCCGAGUUUAAGGUCUUACCUUAAAUACAUGUCUGUGGUCACAUGCAGGCCAGACGUAAACACCCCUUUCCUCUGUUAUUAAACUUUAACCCUUUCACAGGUUUGUCCGUCUCCUCCUCGUGCACGCAGACCAACAUGUUGUUGCACACAAUGAGUAUGUGACAGAGGCAUGCACAUCGAAUUCUAAGAAAUGAGUGUGGAUAAAGAUUAUUGUGACGCCUGCAGGAUGUAAACAAGAGCUGGAGGGCCUAAUUGAGAGUCAGGGGAUCAGGAUUUACCUACAGGUCUGGUGAACUAGAGGCACUUUUUAAACCUUUUCUUUUCCUUUCUACAUUGCUGUGCACAUAUACAAGUAUGACACACUUCAAGGGGUAUUUAUCGAUGAGUUAGGGCUAUAAUCUUGCUAAAGCUUUGUUGAAAUAUGUUUCUCUAUAGUAGUCCACUGCAUAUGACCUGAGUGAUCAAAAAUCAGCUCCUUUACAUGACCCGUCUACCAAGUCAGGGAAUGCAUCCUCCAAAAGGCAGCAACCCAAGACUGAUUGCAUCACAAUCAAAUAUUGGAGGCUGUCUUAUUAUGGGGGCUGCUUUAGUCAGAAACCAAUGAAUCCAUCCUAAUUUUACUGAGCUCCUUCAGACACAGCCAACAAAUGUUUCCUACCUUUACUGGAAUGCCAAGGAUGAAUCAGAUGCAUUAGAUCUAGACAUGACGCUGGACUUCCAAAUGGCAAUACAUCGUCAAAUAUGAGUAUGUACUUUCAUCCUGAUAGAUGGCUAAUGACUUUACUGUUUUAACAGGACAGAGACCUUGAAACUUGAAACCCUCUACAGUGCUAUUCGGUCUAUGAGGGCCGGCUCAUUUAUAUGAAAACUGACAAUAUUUUGUCAGAUUUUAUAUCAAAUGACUAAAAUUCUAUCACUGGGCCCAAGAUGCCACUUUCUCAUUAAUCAAUAAUUUACCAAGAGAAAAAUGUCUGAAAAAAUAAACCUUUUGGAGUUAAGACAGUAAGAGACCAGUGGAACUUGAUGGUGUGAGUCUUUGCAGAUUGGUUGCUAUUGGUGAUACCCUGUGACCUACACUCUUCUCUUCAUAGUACCUUUAUUUCACAGUGUUUCCAAAGAAUUCUAGGACAGCUGAUGUGGACUAAAGACAACAUUUUUUUCUGAUUUCUAGUAAAAACAUUUCACGGAACUAGAAGAAGCAACAUCCACCUUAAAAGGUCAGAUAAAUAACAUAUUAUGAGUGAGUUUUUAAUCAAUCCUGAUGUGCCUUGUGGCCUUUAAAAGCAGACUAGAAGAUCAGCAAUAUCACUGAACUUUUCAAUAAUGUAAUUUGUGAUGCCUAUAACUGCUGUGAAGGAGGUAGGUGAAGACCAGCUCUUAAUUGAUCCUACCCAGAAAAAUGCAACUAGAGGGAUGUAUUUGGACAUUAAAAUAAAAAAGGAUGACAUUGUUUUUCAAAGCUAUCACUUCACACACACACACAGGGACUUUCACAUCACUCAUCAUAGCCAAAACUUGCGGCAACUUUAAAAAUGCUGAUGCAAAAUCCUGCACAAUUACAUGUUGCAAAUGCUCUCUAUAUAUCUCCAUCUACUAUGUAAAUGCAUGAGACCAGAAACAUGAAGAAAGAUUUGCAUCUGCUUUGAAUUUGCAGAUGGUGUCUUGUUGGGCUUUUGCUUGAUAGUGUUUGUGAACCACCAUAAAAAUCUUCUACCAACUGGAUAACUUCAGAGUAAAAACACAGAGCUGGCAUUCCUUCAGAGGGAGGAGAAGGAGGUGCUUGUGAAGUUGUAACUAUUGUCAUUCACACUCCCCCUCUAAGACCACCUCUGCCCCUCUCCCUCUCCACUGUUGACAUUCACAGGUAUGCAAAUGCUUGACAUGAGGGUUUACAUUUCAAUAAGAAAAAAACAACCUCUCUUCCUUUGUGUGGGCUGAGAGCUGCUUGUGCCGGCAAGCCAAUACAAUUUCCAUCAGUCAGAAUAAAUGCAAAUGCUCUCUCAGAUAUAAACAAAUAAUUAAAGAGAUCUUUGCAAAGAUGUAAGGAUGGAUCUUCUUGUGAGGUACAGCUGCUGCAAAGUAAAUGGUAAUCGGACUAUGUUUAUAUGGUGCUGGGUGGGAGUAGAAUAUAGUGCAAAUUUGGGGACUCUGCAAGGUUUUAACAGACUCAAGAUUUCAAAAACUCUUUAGUGUCUCCCAAUAAUCACACUUUCUGCAGACAAUGAUUAAAGCAGUGGCAGUGAUAAGCAUCUGUAAUGAUAAACACAUGACCAUGACUUCAGGGCAGCUCCCAGUGUCUCUGAUUUCCCAGCUGACUGUCCUUUGAGGGAUUAUCCCUGAGGGUAAGUGGUGCUGUUCUGAGGCGAGGCCUGCUCGGGAAAUCAGCCCUCACUUAUGUGUCAACAAGGACAUCCUUCUGAAAACACCUCCUCCUCCUCUUUUCUGAUUUCACCUGCCCCUCAUCCUCUCUGCCAGCCCCCAAUUACCUCCACAUUCCUCUGCUUCCACUGAAUACCCCAAAUUCCCCCUGAUAAUUGCCCCCACCCAACACCCCGCUAAAAGAUUACCCCCAUUUCACCCUCCCUAACCACCCAUUGUCGCCUCUGUGUGAGCGACACUCUGAUCCCAAACUCAGGCCUUGUUCUGCUCUGUUGUGUCUGUAAUUGUCCUCUUCUGCUCAAAGGUAUUUUAAUUUACCUGCAGCUCUCCCUUAGGGAAAGUGAAGGCCUGAAGGUGUGGAGAGAGAUGGACAGUUUUUGUAAGAUGUUUCAUCAGCACACAAUAUAGUUUUCUAGAAAUAACAGGUGACGUUUUCACAUCCGUCCCUGUGCUCCUUCGACUCCUGCCGUUAGUCACUCCACAUUCCUGUGUCUCUUGUGUAUAAAACAAGUGACUCCUGGGCUUUUGUUGUUGCAGCACACCUCCACAUGCAGCAUCCUUCCAUUAUCUGUUAUCAUUAGCCUGCUCGCUUGGUUGCUAAGGGAGGGAACAACCUUGAUGCUUUUUAUCUUUCUGUGACACAAAUAUGCAGCGUGGGCUCAGAUUACAGAACGCUCACACCUUACUCAUUCACAGCAUGCCCCAAAAAGUCAGCUUCACUAAACAAGGAGAGAUGCAGGAGAAUGGGGGUGAUUACUACUUUGAAAAAGCAAAUUAUACGGUUAGUCAACUGAACAGACAAAUGUCUCUUUGACAUCACAUUUAUUAAUUCUAAAAUUGUUCUAUAGACGCCACAAAAAUCUCCUCACCUGUGAACCAAAUACUACCCUGAUUUUGAGGUUAGAUGCUAUAAAAUUCUGUAGGUCAGUAUGCUAACUGUUUCUUUCUGGCUAAAGUUAUCACCAUUAACUAACCUGGCUCAUGGACGGAUGUUACACCAUCCCUGGUUGGUUUGAUAAUCAUAAUAUUUUCUUACUUUGUGUUGAUUUUAAUUGUAAAGUCUAUCUGUUUCUUACAAGUUUUUUGUUUUAAGGUCAUCAUUUUUACAUCUUAAUCUUUUAUUUUUAUAGUUGUCAAAAUUCUGUGUAUGUAGCCUUAAUUUACACUCUUUAAAGCACUUUGAGUCUUCUCUUUAAAUUGCAUUGCAGUGGCCGACAGGCAAAAAGCUGCAAUGACUUAAAUAGUGUCUAUCAGGUAAAAUUGCAGGAAAUUCUAAGAUGAUGCAUAAAAAAAUUAUAUCGGAAAUAAACUGAAAGAAUAACAAAAAAGUGUUGCACAAAAGCUGAAACACAUUUUUUGCACAUGCACCUCAAAUACUGAGAGGAUGCAAACCUAAAAACACAAUUAACAGCAUCAGGCAAGUCAAACAGCGAAGAAAACAAACAAAAAUGCUGCAAGAAAACUCAAACAGAAGCAUUUACAGUACAAACAGAACCAACUUAUAAAUGGUGCAAAUUCAAAAACAUGCAAUUGUAUGUCUAGAAAAUCUCAAAACACAUGCACCAAUAACAACUCAAACUUAAAUAGAUGACACAAUUUCAAAGCAGGCUACACCAGCAAUGUGCUGCAAGAAUAACAAAGAGAAGUGCUUCUAAAUACCAAAAGUAAUGUGCUAUGAAGUGCAAACAUGCUGCAGAAACAUGAAUGAGUUCAGUUUAAAUGAGUUACCAUGUAUAAAAGCACAAAAGCCAGGAGCUUUAUUUGAAUUCAUAAACACAGGGAGAGUACAGUUAGCAUGAUAGUUCAUGAUCAUGUACAGUAUUUAGUCAUAACAAAGCAGAAAACAGGCUCCCAUAAUGCACUCUGGGUGGAGUUGACUGCUGUGAUGUGUUUUGUCCUGUGCCUACCCCCAUGUAACUGUGUCUGCUAACAAAUCCAGAGCACUAAUUUCAUAUUUGCACUCAGCCACCUGUCAGCAGCCCUCUUAUCAAAAAUACAUACCAGAGCGUAAUCACAGAAGGCCAGGAUGCCAAAAUACCUCUGAGCACAUGAGCGCCAGUGAAAGACGAGGGCAGGAGGGAGAGAAAAGUAGGACAAAGAGAUGAUACAGGUGCUGAGCAGUCCGUCACGUGAAACAGAACAAACGUUUUAUUCUGUUUACCAUGAAAAUAGAAAGCUUUUGCUGUUUUGUUGCUGCGCUAAGGUCAAAUUUGACACCAUUUUCUGUGGCGAGUCUUCACGUUCAUGGUAUAAAGGGAAAAAAAGGAUGCAUAAAAGGUAUGUAGAAGUAAGUGUUAGUGUGUGUGUGUGUGUGUGUGUGUGUGGGGUGGAGUUGGGGGGUUGAACAACAUCAGCAGCAGUAGGGGCAUGUCUGAACAGGUUACUGCAGCACAACAGGAUCCAUCCACAUCCAGAUUUGAUGUAGGACUGUAAAAGCAGACGUUAGAAAAAGAAAGGAGGAUUUUUUUCAAGACACCCAUAAUAAUCUACAUUUGACAGCAUUUACUGUUAUGACUCUUUGAUAUUUUUCAUUAGCUGUGGAAGUCCUGUGCACGAAUCGUUUUUUUUUUUCAUGUCACCAUUAGCAAACUGAGCACACUUAUGUGUCACUGAUGUCAUUCUGAAUCAGACUGUGAAUAUGUUUGGACAUCACAUCCUAGAGGGCAGAUAGAUCCCUCAUGGCCUAGCUGUUAGAAUUCCUGGUUGUCACCCAGGAGGCUGAAUCGACUACCGGUAUGGGAGCUACUUUUAAAACUGUCUUGCUGUAUAUAGAUGGGAGUUUGUACAUAUUUAUGUAAUGUUUCAUGUUUGUGCAUAGAGGGCAAAAUGAACCUGAGUCAAUUUCCUUGCAUGUGUACACAUACUUGGCCUAUAAAAGCAGAUUUUGAUUCAAGCAGACAAACAAAAAACACAAAUGUUCAGUUUAUCCCAUAGUCAGCAUUUCUGAUCUCUGGGGAAUUUAUGGAAGGAACACAUCAUUCUCCUUUUAGCUUAUACAGCCCACAAAGUGACACAAGAAUAAAAGUUCUCUUUUUAAAUGUAGAUAAAAACUUUUUACGGAGGCUUUAAACUUCUCUAACAGUAUUUUAAAAGGUUGGAUUUUUCAUCAUUUGGCCAUUAUUUAUGACAUGCAAAGUUAAAGCUCCCAUUUGGAGUUAUUUAUCAAGUGACAAAUUGGAACUCAAAUUAAUGUAGAUGCCUGUUGAUGACCCACAAAAGUAAACAUGACCAUCAGCCAAAAGUUUGAUCAUUUCCCCAUUACCAUUAAUAAUGUUAAAAAGCUCUGGUGGGGGUAGAUGUCAUUCCAGCUUAUUUAUGGACUGCAUAUAGAAUGGAUGCUGUCUGCCUCCGAGUGGAGUGAAGCCACCGUGAGGACAGCACCCUCUGGUGACAGGUUGCAGUGUAGGUCAUUAAUCCCGCCUCCUCCAGCAAUCCCUAUGGAGCUGUGGACAAACCUUAGAAAUUUAUUUCACGGAAUAUAUUUUUUUUCUCCCCCCUGCUUGUGAUGUUGUCAUGUAGUUAUUGCAUAACUCACCCAGGGGGAUGCGCAAUUUCAGCCGAGCGUCAUCACAGCAACUCUCGGCGACUCUCCCGCUGAAUGCGUACAACGCUACUGCACAAGCGGUGGUUCCAGAUUUGAUUCGAAGAUUUGUCUGGACCCGAGUGCUGAACAUGCAUUAUUAAUUUCAUCAAGCAGCAGCCCAGUUCACAAUAUUUCUGACAAGCAAAGAGCAACCUCACAGACAAACACUAUUAUAUAAAAUAAAGUACGUAACUAAAAGUGAAAAAGUUCCAGGUAGCCUCAUCAUAUCAGACCAACUCCUUUGGCAGUUUCAACAUGAAACCUUUUUUUUUUAAAUAUGGAAACUGAGUAAGAAAAUAAUAAAAUGUUUUAAUUUGGGAAAAACAAAAAACGUUUCUCAGAGACUUUAGUUAAAUUUCGACAUGCUAAUCCUUCUCUCCUCUAAAACAGAGUCUCAGUGUUAACAGGGUACUCAGCCGGAGGUCCCACCUGUCGCUGCAGCUUUUCCCCUUCUCUCCUGUGUGUGUACAGCUCUCGUAUCCACGUGUAGGCGGAGGCGCACGAGGUGGGGGGGGAAUCAGCAGCGUCCAAUCAGAUGCGACCACCGCUGGAGCGCUAUAAAUGCCGCGUGCGCCCCUCAGCUUCAGCAUUCACUCAGAGAGCUACCUUGAAGAGCCUACCGUCCUGAUUUACUCAGCAUCACUGAAGCAUCUCCGGAACUGUCUGAGAGGAUUAACUUUGGUCGUUUUUAAUAGACGAAGGAAAAAGAAUAAAACUCUGUCUUUUUUGGUCUGAAGAACGUUGGACGGAAUAGAAAAAUGCGUCUCAUCCAGAACAUGACAACCAUCACGGAGUAUCCCGCGUCGGAAAACUCGGUCUUCAACCGGGCCAUCAAAAUCGCGGUGAUAGGAGGCAGCGGAGUGGGUAAAACAGGUGAGAUACGGGUGAAAAUCCUCGCUUUAUCGAUGACCUGUAGCGUGGUGUUGGACAGACUUGUUAAGUUUGUAUUCUGUGUGAAAAAGGUCUCUAAACGAGUCUGUUUCUUUCUAUUGUAGCGCUGGUGGUGAGAUUCCUAACGAGGCGAUUCAUCGGAGAUUACGAGAGAAAUGCUGGUGAGUUCACGAUGUUACAUUUAAAAAAAUGCAUUGAAUUAAUUUACUUUGUAAAACACAAACCUGUUGGUGCAAAUAUUCACUUUUUUGCGUUAUGUUUGCAGGUAAUCUGUACUCCAGAGAGGUCCAAGUGGACUCAGAGCAGGUGACCAUCCAGGUUCAGGACACCCCCGGUGUGGAGGUAAGAAUUUUUUAAAAUCUUUUUCCUUAUUAUUAUUUUAUUUUCUGCAGUAAUACUCAAGAAAAGAAAAAAAUAAGAUAGUAUAUUUCACCGCCUGAUCGGGCAAACUCCCUGGGCACCAAACCCACAGAUGUGUGUGUGUGUGUUUCUGUGUGUGUCCUGAUGUGAAAUCAGCCCUUCAGUCUGGCCCUCUAAUCUCCCGUUUAGUCUAAUGGUUUAAUGGAUGUCUGAGGCCAGAGUAAAUGAUACCCUCAUCCUAGUCCAGACUCCUCUGUCACCCACACCUCUGUGUUCAGGAGGAGAAACCUGAGAGCUGCAGUCUGCCUGCCUCACUCAGCACUCCUGCUCUUACUAAAGACCAGACACACACACACACACACACACACACACACACACACACACACUCAUACGCACACAGAGUGAUUGCUCUGGUCUGAAUCCUGAUCAGUUGUGGGGUUUUCAGUUUGGAAUGAUGUGAAUCAAGACUGCCACUGAUGAGAGUUUUACUAAUUAAGUAAUCUGCCCCAUUUUUAAACAAGAUAUCGAACUCAUUUCAUUCAUAAAGCUGUAUUAAGUUCUGAAAAUGCCAAAUAUAAUUUACAAGAGUGAGAAAUGCAUUUUUAUGCGACCAUAAUCAAACAAAGGAACUCAAAACUAAGUGUUAAAAAUGAGAGAAAUGUAAGAAUCAAAGAUGUUGUAGCCAGAAACAUUCUUUCAGCACACAGCCCCCUUUAUCAAACCACAUCAGAUUAUUUUUACAUCAUAAUUUCAUUCACCAGUAAAAUCUGUUAUUAAAAGUUUUCCUGCUUCUAAUCCGUCUUUCUUCGCUCCUCUCUUCCAUAGAUGACUGAUAACGCCGUCAGCCUCCCUGAUCAUGUGACCUGCUCCAUCCAGUGGGCAGAUGCAGUGGUGCUUGUUUACUCCGUAACCGACCGCCGCAGCUUUGAUCUGAUCGAUCAGUUGCACCAGCUGGUCGUCCGUGCGGGUGGCGCCAACAUGCCUCCUGUCAUCCUGCUUGCCAACAAGGCGGAUCUGCUUCACCUAAGGCGGGUCGACUCCCAGCAGGGCCCCCUGCUGGCAGGAACCCUUGGGUGCUCCUUCUAUGAAGUCUCCGCCAGCGAGGACUACAGCCAGGUGCACCAAGCUUUCCACCGACUGUGCUGCCAGCUCGCCAAACAGCCGCCGUCUCCCGCCUCCAACUCCGUUCCAUCCUCAUCCUCACAUCAGAACUCUGCCAGUGCCGCCACAGAAAAAAGACGCUCGCCUCUCAUCCCCAGACCCAAGUCUCCGAACAUGCAGGACCUGAAGAGGAGGUUCAAGCAGGCACUGUCCGCCAAAGUCCGGACUGUCACCUCCGUGUGAAGAGGAGAACCUGAACAUGGUCCAGAGAGACCAGAGAGAGAAAGAAAGCAUUGAAGAAGAAGAAGGAGAAAGGAGGACGGUGAGGACUCUUGCUCCUUCUUCUAAGUCCUGCAGCAGUCUGUCUAAAGAGGGCAGAUGUGCAUUUGACAGCAAAGAGCUGCAGGAGGAUGAUUCCCUCCAGAGGAAAAGACCUCAAAGCUGCAGAUGAUGCUUGGUAUCAUGUGUGAGGAGGAGUUUGGAGGUAUUUCAGGAGGAGAAAGGACACCUGAGGUGGACUGAGGCUCAGACUGUGUGAGCGUAAAAUAAAAAACAAACUGUUUAUCUCCAAGCAACAGCAGCGCUGAAGGACUCCGCUGCGUAUGUUUAGCUGCCAUUGUGUCGUUCUUAAUUUAAUCUGCACGGCUGAAUGCUGGUAUUAAUAUAUCAGCCACUCGAGCCGAGGUGCUGUGCAGAUGUGUGUUCACAAACCGAGUUAGGGUGUGUCAAAACAGCAGAGUAUUUGAUCCCGAAUGAUCAGAGGAGCGGAUUCAGUAUGUAGCAUGUGGCAGUUUAUCACUGAUGCACUUUAAAAAAUGGAAAACUCCAAAGGGCAUAUUGAUAUUUAUUUGUUAUAAUUCACUAUUUGUUCACAAUAAAAUGAUGAUGAAUUUGA